AUGGCGGAGGAGCGCGCGCAGGCUCUAGAGCAGCAGAUGAUGGCGAGCGCCGAGGAGCUGCAUAACCGCCAGCAGAGGGAGAACGAUCUCACGGCCGAGGUGCAGCGGCUCGGCCGCGCGGCCGAGGCUAGACCACGGGUGGAAGGGCUUGUGCUGCAGCCUCGAGCUGAGUCGCUCGUGGACACUCGCACGCUGGGCAAGCCGGAUGUGUGCGCGGGCGAGGAACACAAGUGGAACGAUUGGAAGGUGAUCUUCAAGGCGUACUGUGGCGUUGUGAACGCCGAUUUGCUGGCAGGGAUGCGACUGGCAGAGAGUGCUGACGAGGCCCCAGUUCAGAUCGACGACUUCAUCGAGGAGAAUAUGAGGCAGGCCUCGCAGCAGCUGUAUUACAUCUUGCUCCUCCUCUGCCGGCAGCACCCUCUGACGACGAUCUUGAACGCUGGCGAGAAUGAGGGCUUCCAGGCUUGGCGCAAGCUGGUCGAAUACUACGAACCGAGGGCGAGGUCCCGCAUCGCGGGGCAGCUGCUGAACCUCCUGAACUUCUCGUUCACGGGCGACGUCGAGGACCGGCUGGCGCUGUUCGAGCGAGAGCUCCUCAGGUACGAGCAGAGGAGCGGCGAGGCCAUCGCGGCCUCUAUGAGGAUCGGCAUCGUCUUUCGGCAGCUCGAGGAAGGCCCUCUACGCCAGCGCCUCUUGCUCAAUGCGACCAAGCUGGUGGAGUGGCAGGACUUCCGACGUGAGGUCGCCGACGUCCGCCGUGCCCAGAGCGCCAUCGCCCCGGCGCCCGUGCCCAUGGAUCUGAGUGCCAUGGGGCAGACGCUGGCUCGCAUCAACGCCUCCCAGUCGACGAGUACGACUGUGCCAUCGGCGGCCAGCUCUAUCUCGACGGCUGCGACUACGAUGCUGAGUCCGGCGACGGCGAUGUCCGGCGCGAGCUCUCGACAGGUCGCAGCACUCUACCUGAACGACGCAGACGAGCAGGUCAGCUACCCGUUCGCGAACCUCCACUCCCUCAUCAUCCACGACCCGGGGCCGGACAAGGCGGACGUGGUCGACUCUGCGACCGGCGCGGCCCUGGUCCUGAACAUGAUCCACGGCAACUCGGAUGCGGAGGAGGUCGAGCUCAACGGCAUCUUGCGUGUGGGCAUCGACUCGUGUUCGGCGGCAUCAGUGCUGCCGCGUGGCUCGUGCACGGACUACCCAGUGCACGAGGGCGGCCAGGCGAUCUCGUACAAGACCGCCUCUGGCCACUACGUGAACGACGAGGGCGAGAGGCUCCUCGUGGGGGCGAUGCCUGGGGCAUCCCAGGCACGCGCUGCCAAGUUCAGGGUGGCGGACGUCAGCAAGCCGUUGCUGAGCGUCGCGGAGAUGGUCGACUUUGGCCAUCGGCUCGUCUUCGACUCGGAGGGCGGGCAGGACAUUAGCUACGCGUAUCACAAGACCAGCGGAGACGUCGUCAAGUUCUGCCGCAGGAACAAUGUCUACGAGAUGGGCAUGCAUGUCGACCCGUACGUGCCGGAGGCCUGCCCGGUCGAGGCGGCAGGCCGCGAGCCUCCCGAGGGCGAGGCCGGCCAGUCAGGCGCGGCUCGCGAGGAGGUCGCGGAAGGCCCGCCGGCGCGGCCAGCGAGGAGGCCCGCAGCGCCGACGGCGGCCGAGCGAGCCGCGCAUGAGGUGCUGCACGAGCCCUACAGGGCAUGGUGCCGGGAGUGCGUCUCCGGCAGGGGCCUGUCCGCAGGCCAUCGGGCGAAGGACCGCCAGGGGUCGGCGCUCGCGGUGGUUGGCAUCGACUACGGCUACCUCGGUGAACGAGAGGACGCCACGCCGCUGCUGAUCGGGAAGGAUUCGAAGCAGCGUUGGUUCCACGCGUCGCGCUUCGUCUUCCGCUCGGGCGGCGAGGCGCCGCUCGUCGCCCUGAAGACCCGCAUCGGGGCCAAGCUCAAGCAGGAGUACGGCAUCGAGACGGUGCCCGAGGAGAGCGCGGUCGGCGACUCUCAGGGCAACGGCCUUGCCGAGCACGCGGUGCGCGAGGUCAAGGCCAAGGCGAGGGCGGCGCGGGCGCAGGUGGGCGACCUCCACGGCGUGAGCAUUGGCGUCGAGCACCCGGCGACCCCGUGGAUGGUCGAGUUCGCAGCCAUGUCCAUCAACCUGGGCAGGCGGGGCGCGGACGGCCGCACGGCUUGGGAGCUUCGGCACGGCCGCCCCUUCAACAAGGACCUGGCCUGCUUCUCGGGGAAGGUCCUGUACCUCCCAGGGGGCAAGCGCAAGGCUGGGAUCGAGGACAAGCUCCUCGCUGGGCUCUACCUGGGGCCCACGCUUCGGACGGGUGAGGUCUACAUUGGCACGGAGUUGGGCGCACUGCGGGCCAGGGCCUUCAAGCGGUUGACGGUCGAGCAGCGGGCUGACGAGGACCUGCUGAACAGCCUCGUGGGGAAGCCGCGGGCGCCAGUGCCGACGGACAUGGCGGCGGACGAAGUACCGGUGGCCAUCGAGAUCCGAGCGCCGGCGCCGGCGCCGGUCGCGCCUGUGGGCGCACCUCUGGCGCCCAUCCCUGAGGCUGAGGACCUCCCGCCCUGGGCUCCCCGACAGGAAGACGUCGAGAUCGCGAAGUACGGGAUCUCCCCGGGCUGCCACGGCUGCGCCGCGAUCCUCAACGGCGCCCGGGCGCAGGCUCACUCAGCCGAGCGCCGCGCUCGGAUCGAGCAGGCGAUGCAGGACGACGAAGAGGCUAAGCAGAGGCUCGAGGAUGCCCGCGAGCGGAAGCGGCAUCGCACUGACGUCGCCGGGCCUGUGUACCAAGAGGGCGGCUCGUCCGGCAGUGGCGGUCCAGCCCCAGCUCAGCAGGCGCCGCCAGCACCCGAGGCCGCGGCGGCGGCUGACGUGGCCAUUGCUCCGGCACCACACGACCCAGGCGACGACAACAUGCAGGAGGAGAUCGGUGCCCUCCUGCUCUCCCUCGGCUACAGCGGGCGCAAGGCCGACGUGAUGGAGGUUUUCUGCCCGAAUAGGCUUGUGGGCUUUGCCCCCCUCUUCGGUCUGGUCCGCGGCGGCUCGUUCGCCCUGAGGGUUGGCUGGGGCCUGACCGACCGCCGGCAGCAGCGACAGUGCCGGGAGCUGAUCGAGCACUACGAGGUGUAUCUCCUCUUGGGCAGUCCUCGCUGCGCGCCGUUCUCCAUGCUGAAGUACCUGAACGAGGACUCGGAGAAGCAGCGUGAGGCCUACGCCGUCGGGCACGAGCACUUGAGGUUCGCGAUGGAGCUCCACGCGCUGCAGGUGAAGCACGACCGCACGUUCUUGCACGAGCACCCCUGGAGCGCGGACAGCUGGGGCCUGGACAUCGUGAAGGACGUGAUGGCUCUCCCCGGUGUCGAGGUCGGGCGAGGCGACCAGUGCGUGUUCGGCCUGGUGGUUGCGGACGCGCACGGCGACAGGCUCGCCAAGAAGCCGACAGGAUGGAUGAGUGAUAACAAGGAGGUGUUGGAUGAGGUUUGCAAGCGCUGCCCCAAUGAUACUGGCAUUGGCAGCAACCACGAGCAUUCCACCUUCGUCGGCCGCAACAUGCGCGUGGCGGAGAGGUACCCGGUUAAGCUCCUCCGUGCCAUCCUCCGUGGCCUCCGCCGUCACCUUGGGAACAAGAAGGUGCUCGCGCUUUCGGCCCUGGAUGCUGGGCCGAACGUGGGCGAUGAGGAGAUCAGCCUGAAGGGCUUCGUCGGGAGGUGGCGCGACACUCUUAGGACCGAGCGCCUGGAGAUGGAUUUCAUGGCGCAGCUUGGCGUGUGGGUCUACGCGAGGGAGGGGGGCUGCCAGCGCGAGCUUGGACGGAGGCCUCUCAGUGUGCGCUGGGUCGAUAUCGACAAGGGCGACACCGACCGGCCGGACUACAGAUCCAGGCUCGUCGCGCAGGAGACCAAGGCGCAGAGCACCAUCGCCAGGGACGACAUCGGCGUGGUGUUUGCGGCGACCCCGCCGCUAGAGUGCCUUCGGCUCAUCUGCAGCUGCAGCAUGGCGAUGUCGAGCGACCCGUCCGAGGGCCGCGUGCUGCGCUUCCUGGACAUCUCGCGGGCACAUCCGCACUGCGAGAUCAAGAGGACGGUCUACAUCAAGCUUCCAGAGGAGGAUCCGAUGAUGCAGGAGAUUGGUACGCGUGGGCUCUUGCGGAUGGCGCUCUACGGGGCGCGCGACGCUGGCCAGAACUUCGAGCUCACGAUUGCCGAGGCGGUCAUCGGUGCUGGCUGUGACCAGUCGGCCUUCUCGCCUUGCGCGUACUGCCACAAGGACCUACAGGUGAGCUUCUUCCACCACGGCGAUGACUUCGUGCUCGAGGGCUCUCGGGGCGGGACGGAGUCGAUCCGCGUGGCUCUGAAGACGAAGUUCAUUUUGAAGGACAGGGGCGUGCUCGGGCCGGCGCCCACCGACGCGAAGGAGAUCACGUGCCUCAACAGGGUAGUGCGCUGGCGAGACCGAUGGAGCCAAGGGGGCGAGGCCAUCGAGUACGAAGCGGACCCCAGACACGCGCAGAUCCUGCACGCACAGCUCGGCAUGGACCCCCGCACUACGAAGUCAUUGAGCACGCCAGGGCUGAGCCAGAAGCUGACGCCUGAGGUCGAGCGCGAGCUGAACGAGCACGAGGCGGCGGAGUACCGCAGCGUGCGCAUGAGGCUGGGCUACUUGGCGCUCGACCGGCCAGAGGUGCAGUUCACGGCCAAGGAGUGCGCUCGCGGCAUGCAGAUGCCGACAGAGCGACACUUCCGCCUCCUGAAGCGCGCUGGACGCUUCUUGAUCGGGGCGCCGCGGGCCAUCUGGAAGUGGGGCCGACAGCGGGCGCCCACAGCGAUGGACAUCUACUCGGACACUGACUGGGCAGGCUGCCCGAUCACGCGGAGGAGCACCAGUUCAGUCGUGACCAAAUAUGGGCAGCACCUGAUCGUGACGGCAUCGACGACUCAGAUCCCCAUCUCCAUGAGUUCGGGGGAGGCUGAGUUCUACGGCUGUGUGCGAGCGGCCAGCAGGGCCAUCGGCAUGCAGUCGCUGUGCCAUGGCCUAGGCAGGGAAGCGAGCCUUCGCAUCUGGAGCGACUCGGCAGCUGCUCUUGGCAUCAUGCAACGACGAGGCUGCGGCAAAGUCCGACGCCUCGAGACGCCGACGCUGCGGGUGCAGAAGGCGCUCAAGGACGGACGGUUUCAACUGGCCAAGGUUCCCGGGAAGUCGAACCCGGCGGACCUGGGGGCGAAGUUCCUCGACCAGGCGGCGAUGCUCCGAGGGCUGAAGACGAUGAACGUCGAGCUCUCGGACGCGCUUCUCUCGAGUGCCCUUCAGGCGAAGGUCGCAGCGGUGCUGGCGUGUACCAGCCCGCUGCCGCGGCCAUGGCUCUGGCCCAGCGCCGCCCCCACGGCCGAGUACUGGCUGGUCUGGCUCGGCGCCUCGGCCGCUCUGCAGUGUGCGGCCGUCUGCCUCGCGGCCGAGGCUGCGACGCAGGGCCUGCACUACAGGCGGCGGCUGGUGCUGCUCUGGGCCCACGGCGCCCUCGCGGCCGCGUCCCUUGGACCGCUGGCCUGUGGGGCGGCCCGGGGGCUGCCGCUCUCGGCCGCAGGGCCGCGCACGGUGGCCACGGCCGCGGUGCUCUUCACGGCCUGGGCCUGCGCCAACGGGUCGGGGGCCAUCUUCGGGCCGAGGGGGUACCCGGCGCCGGUCAAGUGGUACCUGACCCGGCACUUUGGCUCGCCUGCGCACGGCAAGGCGCUCCUGAUCAAGUACCACAGGACAGUCGGCGCGCUGGCCUACGCGCUCACCACACUGUCCGCGGUGCUGCUGCUGCUGUCCGGCGCGGGCGCCGCCGCCCCUGCGGGGCUGCGGGCGGCCGCGUGCUGCGCGCUCGCGCUCGCCGCCGCGGCGGCGUUGGGGCCCUCGGCGCUGCGGCGCAGGUUCGGGCUGCCCCAGGUUCACCUGGCCCGCGGCGGCAGCGGCGUGCCGCGCCUCGAGGUCGUGCUGUGA